AUGGGUUCUAAGUCUCCGGAGCAUGAGAACCAGCCAAAUGGUGGUCACCCGUCCGACACUGGCAACGCCAUUGCUGUUGGCGGCGAACCACGAGGCACACACCUGUCCCGGGAUGGCGAUAUUACCUUGGGCGAUGAUGGCGGAGAAGAAGACGACGACGAUGGGGACCACGCUGGCCCUGCUACCUUGUCGCUGACAUCCCAAGCUACACCGUCAACUCCUAAGAAGAGGAAACGCAACAAGAAACCCAAGAAGAAAACUUCGUCCGUGAAGCAAUCAUCCCCACCACGAGUUCCUUUGAUGAAUCUCUUCCCUAGUGGCCAGUAUCCAAGUGGCGAGAUUCAGAGCUAUGGAUACGUGGUCGAGAAUACGGCGCGUACGACAGCUGAGGAGGACCGCUAUUUGGCCCGCACGCACCUUCACGAUGACGGUUUUCUCAAUAACUAUCGCAAAGCAGCAGAGAUCCAUCGUCAGGUCCGGGGCUGGGUGCAGGACAGUGUUCGGCCUGGUCAAGCUCUCACAGACAUCGCAGUGGGCAUCGAGGAUGGCGUUAGAGCGUUGCUCGAUAAUGCCGGCCUCAAAGCCAGACAGGGCCUCGAGUCCGGAAUGGGAUUUCCCACCGGGCUGGCGCUGAAUAAUUGCGUUGCGCAUUACACGCCCAAUCCUGGCCAGAAGGAAAUCUUCCUACAGGAGAGCGACGUCAUGAAGGUGGAUUUCGGUGUCCAUAUCAACGGUUGGAUAGUUGACAGUGCGUUCACCAUGUCAUUCGACCCAACUUAUGAGAAUCUGCUCGCUGCAGUGAAGGACGCUACAAACAUUGGUAUCAAGAAUGCCGGAGUUGAUGUCCGGAUCAGCGACGUCAGUGCUGCCAUCCAAGAGGCGAUGGAAAGCUACGAGGUUCAGAUUGGCAGCAAAACCUUCCCUGUGAAACCGGUGCGGAACAUCAGCGGGCACAACAUCAAGCGGUAUCAGAUCCAUGGCGGAAAGUCCAUCCCUUUUGUCAAGAAUAAGGACCAAACCAAGAUGGAGGAAGGAGAGGUAUUUGCUCUCGAAACCUUUGGGUCCACAGGGCGUGGGUAUAUAGUCGAUGGGCCUGGCGUCUAUGGAUAUGGAAAGGAGCCGGAUGCACCGAAGACGAUCACAUCGCCUCUUGCCUCUGCCAGAUCUCUGUACAAGACAAUAAACGACCAUUUCGGCACGCUUGUCUUUUGCCGUCGCUAUCUCGAGCGGCUUGGGGUUCAGCGGUAUUUGGCCGGUAUGAACCAACUGGCAAACAAAGGCGUUGUUGAAGUCUACGCGCCGCUUAUGGACGUCGAAGGAUCGUACUCGGCACAGUUUGAACAUACGUUUUUGCUGGGGGAGUCCAGCAAGGAAAUUAUCAGUCGCGGCGAUGACUACUAG